UUGAAACAAAAUUUGAAGGAGAAAUCUUUCUCAUACACAAUUUUAAAUCUACUCACCGGCAAGCUCAUUUUGUUUGGUUCUGAUUCUUCAAUCCUUCGUUCAUAGUUGCUAGCAAAGACACCACCAAUUGUCACUACCUACCCGCUUUCAUCUGUCAACUCUCUCAUGACUAGUCAUCAUUCAUUUUUCACCUUGAGUUUCAUAUGAACUCAAAAGAAUCUCUCCAAAAUCCUUGCGGAAUCUUAGUUGUAGAGUUGUAUACUCAAUUUUCUUUCCAAGAAAAGAAGAAAAGAACCAAAAACAGAAAACCAACAAAAGCAUUAAGGGAAUCCGAGGAGCAAGGGGAGCUCGCUACCGCCAUCACCAUUGCCGGAGUUGCUAUCUUCUUGCUAGAACCACCACUACUUACAGAUCAUCAUGAAGAAAGCAUACGUCGCCGUCCUCGUCUCAUGGUCGAAAACAUGGACACUAAGAUCGGAGCAUUGGACACGUGUAAGCCACUCAGCAACGACAUCAGUUGUCUCCCCACCAAUGGCGCCGUUACCAUCCACCAAUCUCCCAUUCCUUUCAACUCUGCUGACUCCACUCUCGGAUGCCACCUUGCUCGUCAUCUCGUCCAGAUCUGGACUCCAAGUCUGGAGUAUAAGUGAACGUGAAUACU